GCAACCAUUGCACAUUAUAAUUCUCUCCUUCACCACCCUCAACCUCUUCAUUAAUUCCUCUCUCAACCUCAGCAGACAUGAAGCUUCCCCGUCGACCAUGGCGACCUAUCACCGCCGCCCACUGCUGCACCGUCAAAGGCACCCCCAUCGCACUCAACAACCUCACCCGAUGCCGCCCAACUCGCUCCGAAUUCUCCAAGAAAGUAUCUGAAGCCUCAUCUUUUCGUCGACUCUCCUUCUCCGAUCUCAGCAGCUCCUCGUCUGUUCGAUUCAACACUGAUGACUUUGUGAACUCUUUUGGGGCUGGGUUGUUUGCAUUCACGGUGGGAGAGCUGAGUGCGAUAACUCAAGGUUUUUGCAGUGAUUACUUGCUUGGUGAGGGAGGGUUUGGGACUGUGCAUAAAGGGUAUGUUGAUGAUAAGUUGAGGCCUGGCCUUAAAGCGCAGGCUGUUGCCGUCAAGAUUUUGGAUGUUGAGGGGCUGCAGGGGCACAGGGAGUGGCUGGCAGAGGUAAUAUUUCUGGGUCAGCUAAGGCAUCCGCACUUAGUGAAACUUAUUGGGUACUGCUGCGAAGACGAAGAGCGCCUCCUCGUCUAUGAAUUCAUGCCUCGAGGCAGCCUAGAGAACCAUCUUUUCAAGAGGAUGUCGAUAACUCUGUCAUGGGGAACAAGGCUGAAGAUUGCAAUUGGAGCAGCAAAAGGACUUGCAUUUCUGCACGGAGCAGAGAAACCUGUCAUUUAUCGCGAUUUCAAAGCAUCCAACAUCUUGCUAGACUCUGAUUUCACCGCGAAAUUAUCGGAUUUUGGGCUUGCGAAAAUGGGGCCUGAGGGUGAAGAGACUCAUGUUACUACUAGAGUUAUGGGGACUCAUGGGUAUGCAGCGCCAGAAUAUGUUAUGACAGGUCAUCUAACAACCAAGAGCGACGUCUACAGCUACGGCGUAGUCCUCCUCGAGCUCCUAACAGGCCGUCGAUCCAUGGACAGGUCCAAACCAAAGCCCGAACAAAAGCUCGUCGACUUUGCCAAGCCCUAGCCAGCAGCCGCCGACUCCGCCUACAUCAUCGACCCAAGACUCGCAGGCCAGUACUCCGUUAGGGGCGCACGCGUCACCGCGACGUUAGCGUUGCAGUGUAUAAGCCCAACGCCGAAGGACAGGCCGAAGAUGCCGCAGGUUGUUGAAGUUCUUGAGGGGUGUGAAGGAUUGAAGGAUAUGGCGGCAAGCGUAGGGUUGUCUGCGACGACAGGGGUAGCCGGAAGGAAUGCUGUUUCGGCCAAAGUUAGGGUGGAUGGUCGACGAAGGGUGGGGUCGGUUUCAGGAAAAUUAGCUUGAAGGACGGUUUGAGGAUGAAGCUGUUGCACAUAUAUAUAUACGUGCGACGUUUGAAUUUGGAGAUGUUUGCAUAUAUGCAUGUUGUGUUUUAAAUGAAAUUCCUCUGUUCUGAACAAUUUGGUUGUUGGAACUCUCGGGUAAAUUGCAUCACUCAUCUGUUUUGAGCUAUUUGAUGUUGUUUCUGCCGGCGAGGUUGAAAAGAUUGAGAGAAAUGAGUGAU